AUGCAGGUGUCGAUCGCCUGCACCGAGCAGAACCUGCGGAGCCGCAGCAGCGAUGACCGGCUGUGCGGGGGGGGCGGCGGCGGCGGGGGCGGGCGAGGCCAGGGCCCGGGCAACGGCGGCUACCAGCCCCCUCCCGGCAAAGCCAGCCGCCUGGCCCUCCUCGGGCCCCGCGCCCCCGGCCAGCACCUGCCCCACAUCGCCUUCGUCCUCCGCGAGUCCACCGGCCGCGCCACCGGCAUGAACUACAGGAACCUGGGGAAAUCAGGGUUACGUGUUUCGUGCCUCGGGCUUGGUACUUGGGUGACGUUUGGAUCUCAGAUCUCUGAUGAGAUGGCGGAGAAUGUGCUCACCAUUGCGUACGAGAACGGGGUCAACCUCUUCGACACAGCCGAAGUGUACGCUUCUGGCAAAGCAGAGAAAACAUUGGGGAACAUCCUGAAGAGCAAAGGAUGGAGGCGUUCGAGCUAUGUUGUCACCACAAAAAUCUACUGGGGAGGCCAGGCCGAGACCGAGAGGGGCUUAUCCCGGAAGCACAUAAUUGAGGGGCUCAAAGGGUCUUUGCAGCGGCUUCAGUUGGAAUACGUGGACAUCGUGUUUGCUAACCGGAUGGAUGCCAACAGCCCCAUGGAAGAGAUUGUCCGGGCCAUGACGUACGUGAUCAACCAGGGGAUGGCCAUGUACUGGGGCACGUCUCGCUGGAGCGCCAUGGAGAUUAUGGAGGCCUAUUCGGUGGCCCGGCAGUUCAACCUCAUCCCCCCCGUCUGUGAGCAAGCCGAAUAUCACAUGUUCCAGCGGGACAAAGUGGAGACUCAGCUCCCUGAGUUGUAUCACAAGAUCGGGGUGGGGGCUAUCACGUGGUCCCCACUGGCCUGCGGACUCAUCACCGGGAAAUAUGAGGAGCGGGUUCCGGAGAACUGCCGGGCGGCCAUGAAGGGGUACCAGUGGCUGAAGGAGAAGCUGCAGAGCGAAGACGGGAAGAAGCAGCAGGCCAAAGUGAAGGAGCUGCACCCCAUUGCCGAACGCCUUGGAUGCACGGUGGCACAACUGGCCAUUGCCUGGUGCCUGCGUUCAGAAGGCGUCAGCUCUGUCCUCCUUGGCGUCUCCAGCACCGAUCAACUCAUUGAGAAUUUGGGAUCCAUUCAGGUUCUAACCCAACUGACGCCCCAAGUUGUCCAGGAAAUUGAUGCGCUUCUGGGUAACAAACCCAAUACAAAAAAAGAGUCCCGGGCGUAGGGACACUAUGGCGCCCGGGACUGUGCACGCUCUUGUCCCAACGGACUGCAUCUCCUUCCGCUCCUCUGUGGGGCUCCCGUCCCCACCAACCUGCUCCUCCCCACAUGCUCUUCCACCAGCUGCUGCCUCUUAAUUUUGUGGGGAGGGCAAAGAGGGGCCGCUUUGCGCAUGAAACCAAA